CUGUACUGCAUGGCCUUGCAGCUCCUCCGAAUCAUUUGUGCUUGCCAUUGCUACAUGUAUUGUUAUCAAUCCCGAAUCGCCGAAACACAGCCUUUGAACUUUUGAGGCUGAUUACAUUAAUCUUCAUCGCCUCCGACCUGUAUCGACUUGACUCUGCGCAGCUCAAAGACAACCGCCCGUUGCGCACACGAUGAAGUGGUGCACAAAAACAUUCGCCUCGCUGUCGCUAGCAGGCCUGGCGUUGGCAAGCAGCGGCAACCGCUUCGAAACCGAUGCUGAAGCCUUCAUCCUCUCAGCCAACCACGAUGCCAGCUCCGCUCGCCCGCGCCUCCCACCCCAGCUCGUCCGCCACAUCCUCCUCCAGCGCGUGUCGACCGGCGAUGACCACAGCAGCCUGUCGGCUGAUCUGCCCGACGAGAUUGAGACGGACCGCGCGCUCGCCUACCUGAACCAGUAUGGCCGCGAGCCGAGGGCUUUGUUUUCCCGUAGCAAGGAUGAGGACAGGAAUCCGUCAAUGGUCUUGAUGCUGGAGGGUAUCACAGAGGACAACGGCAAGGCACUGAGGCAGGGGCUCAAGGCCAGAAAGCAGGCUUUGGCCUUCACCGUGGCCGACAUGCCGUCCGCCGACGCGACUGCGGAGCUUCUGCAAAGGGACUUUUCUGGUUUGCUGUCAAGCUGUGACGAACUUGCCGACUUGGCGACGCCGGAGAACGACAAGUGCUGGUCUGGUCGGGCGUUGGUGGCCAAGCACGAUGUUGCCAAGAACCCGGAAUUCCUUUCCUCCCUGACCUCGAACUUGGACACCCUCCUGGCAGCCACCACCAAGAAGCACAUGGACGUCAUGAUUCUCCUCGUGCCCGAGAGCAGCCGCACCGCGGGCGUCAAGGAGUGGACGAGCGCGACCAACACCCUGAACCGCCGCCAGGCCUCCGAGGCCGUCAUAACCGACCCCCGCGCGAACGAGCACUCGGCCAAGGCUACUGGACACAAGAAGCAGCCCGUGUCCUCGUCGUCGUCGGCGUCCACCGCCGCGCUUCGCAAGAUCCCCACCUGCUUCUCCUCGGCCUCGGCCUGCAUGAACGCAACCGACAGCUGCUCCGGCCACGGCGCCUGCCACAACCGCUUCAGCGCCGACGACAACAAGCCCGAGACGUCUGCCGACAACAAGGCGCUGGUGUGCUUCCAUUGCGUGUGCGCCCCCACCAUCAACGACGACAAGGGCGUCCAGAGCCGCACCUUCUGGGCCGGCAACACGUGCGCCAAGCAGGACGUCAGCACACAGUUCUGGCUCAUCGCCGGAUCGACUGUUGCCCUGGUCGGACUGGUCAGCCUGUCGGUGGGCAUGCUCUUCAGCGUCGGAGAGGAGAAGCUGCCUGGUGUCAUUGGUGCUGGCGUGAGCAAGUCUAGCAAAUAGAUACUGUCCGUGGCAAUUAUCGUCUGUUUUUUGGGUAUUUGUGGGACCGGAAGGAAACACGGAAUUGAAAAAGGAGGGAGGAGGAGGCAUUGACGAACCUCGAGAAAGGUUAUCGUCGGUCGAUUCAUCGUGUCUAGUUUGGGGUAGCUUGUAACAUACCACUUGUGCAAACAGCAGUGCACCGUCAUUAUCAGGCGUCCCGGUGGGUUUCUCAGUUUCAGUCAACGUGAGUUAAAGCAUGGCAGUAGCCAUAAUCCAAGGGUUCUUUUGUUUUUGUUGCGUAUUACAGUAUCUCAAGUACAAUAUACGACAGUUCAAACUUGA